AUGUCUUCUAUAUUCACUGGAGCAAGCAGAAUCUCACUAAUCUCUUUGGGAAAUGCAUGGGUGGAUAGUCCAAAAGUGGACUUGGUCCAGUCAGAAAAAUCUUGGGCGGGUUCAAAUCCUGUGGGUGAAGUGUCCUUUGCAGAAGUUGAAAGCAACGCGCUUUCGCUUUCAACACUAUCAAGAUACGUGCCUUCAGUUCCGUGGGUGGAGUAG